AUGUGGCCAUCCGAUAACCCAAUCUCAGCCUAUGGCCUCACAGCUGUUCUGUCAUCAGCUACUACUCUUCUCGCAACCGAUCCACCAGCAACGCCUGCUCCAUUCAUUGCAGUGACCGAAGUCCCGACUCCAGAAACGCCUCUCACCCAGCGGAUCAAUGAGUAUGCAAAGUCUCAUCUUCCUGAGCCGACAUACAAUCAUUCCCUUCGCGUUUAUCAUUUUGGGCUUGCGAUUAAGCGGUACAGGUUCCCUGAAUGGGCCUUCACCGAUGAAACAUACUUCCUUGCCUGUCUGCUUCACGAUAUCGGAACAACCCAAGAUAACUUGGAGGCCACUAAAAUGAGCUUCGAAUUCUUUGGGGGGUUGAAAGCACUGGAAGUUCUGCAGAACCUACAACCUUCCUUUGUAGGAGGCUCGGUGGCAGUCGCCCCGAAAGAUCAGGCAGAGAGCGUGGCAGAAGCAGUUAUGCGGCAUCAAGACUUGUGUGAAAAGGGCAAAAUCACAGCUCUCGGUCAACUGCUUCAGCUGGCAACAAUCUUUGACAACACUGGCUCAUAUGCCAAUCUCAUUCAUUCCUCAACUAUCCAAGAUGUUUCUAGCCAUUUCCCUCGUCUGAGAUGGAGUGGGUGCUUCGCUAGUACCAUUCAUGAAGAGAAUCGGCUCAAGCCCUGGGCACACACAACGACACUUGGCGAGGAAGAAUUCCCCAAUAAGGUGCUAGGAAAUACUCUUAUGGCAUCUUAUGAAUGA